GUGCAGCGCUGCCUGAUUUAUUCCGGUCCCGGAGCUGGAGUGAGAGCCCGCGGUCUGUCUGCACGGCCCGAUCUUCAGUCCCGCGCCGGGUCCCCCACUUGUGCGCAGCAUGCCGGGCCCCCGCCUGCUGGCCGCGCUCUGCGGCGCGCUGCUCUGCGCCUCCGGCCUCUUCGCCGGCUCCGGUGACUUCUGUGACUCCAUCGAGUGCCUGAACGGUGGGACCUGCCUGUCACAGGACGAGCUCCCCUUCUAUUGCCUCUGCCCCGAAGGCUUUACGGGGCCCAUUUGCAACGAGACUGAGAAAGGUCCCUGUUUCCCAAACCCCUGCCGCAACGAUGCCGAAUGCCAGGUGCUUGACGAGGAGGCACACCGUGGCGAUGUCUUCAAACAGUAUGUCUGUGAGUGCAAGCAAGGCUACUCGGGCGUCCAUUGUGAGAGCAGGUGCGCCAUGCCGCUGGGCAUGGAGACGGGGGCCAUCGCUGACCGGCAGAUCUCCGCCUCGUCCGUGCACUUGGGCUUCAUGGCUUUGCAGCGCUGGGCCCCGGAGCUGGCCCGCCUGCACCGCUCGGGCAUUGUCAACGCCUGGACAGCCAGCAACUACGAUAGGAAGCCCUGGAUCCAGGUGAACCUGCUGCGGAGGAUGCAGGUGACGGGCGUGGUGACGCAGGGCGCCAGCCGCGCAGGCAGAGCCGAGUACGUGAAGGUGUUCAAGGUGGCGUACAGCCUCGACGGGAAAAAGUUCAAGUUCAUCCAGGACGACGAGAACUCAGGAGACAAGAUCGACUUGGGCUCUCAGAAACAGGUGACCGGCAUCAUCACGCAGGGAGCCCGAGACUUCGGCAACAUCCAGUACGUGGCAGCCCUACAAGGUGGCCCACAGUACUGA